UGCCAUCGCCACUACAAAUAACAAAAGCAUCCACGCCCAAUUUUAGUUCUCCAACCCUACUUCACGCCUCAUUUCUCACAGGUCUGAAAUGUCGUCCGACGCGCCGCCUCCUCUCGCGGAUAAUCGCGUCAUCUUGGGUUGCGGAUCAGUAACGGUGGAUUUUUUGGCGGCGGUGGCUUCUUAUCCAAAACCUGGUGACAAGAUCAGAACCACCAGCGCCAAGGUUCAAGGUGGUGGAAAUGCGGGGAAUGCGUUGACUUGUGCCGCUCGAUUGGGUUUGAAACCAAGGCUCAUUUCCAAGGUUGCUGAUGAUUCUCAAGGUCAAAGAAUACUGGAGGAACUAGAGGCUGAUGGUGUUGAUUCGUCGUUUGUGAUGGUUUCUAAAGGGGGCAGGUCGCCAUUCACCUAUGUCAUUGUUGACAACCAAACGAAAACUCGAACGUGUGUAUUUACUUCAGGAUAUCCUCCCAUGAUACCUAGUGACCUAACGAAAUCUAAAUUGUUAGCAGCAUUGGAUGGGGCAAGACUAGUCUAUUUUGAUGGAAGACUACACGAAACUGCUCUAGUUGUGGCUCGGGAGGCAGCUUGCAAAGGUAUCCCUAUUUUAAUUGAUGCAGAAAGGAAGAGAGAAGGAUUGGAUGAUCUUUUGAGUUUGUCUAGCUAUGUCAUUUGUGCUGCAAAAUUUCCGCAGGCAUGGACAGGUGCUCCAUCUGUCCCAAGCGCACUUUGUUCAAUGCUUCUAAAGUUGCCAAAAGUCAAAUUUGUUAUAGUCACACUAGGUGAAGAUGGUUGCAUCAUGCUAGAGAGGGGUGUGUGUGAAAAUGUUCAGUCCGAAGAAGUGGAUGUUGAUGAUUUAUUGUACACACUGAAGAAUAAAAUGAGCAACGAUACAACUUCGCCAAUAUGUGUAUCAUCGAGUGAGGUGAAAUUAUGUGCCAAGGGGAUAGGGACUGUUUGGGGCAAGCUGCUUUUAGGAACAGCCGAGAAGAUUCCGCCUUCAGAACUUGUUGAUACGACUGGUGCUGGUGAUUCAUUCAUCGGUGCUGUUCUUUAUGCUCUUUGUGCCAACAUGCCGCCUGAAAAGAUGCUGCGUUUCGCCGCUCAAGUGGCUGCUAUUGGCUGCAGAGCUUUAGGAGCUAGAACCGGUCUUCCUCAUGGUACAGAUCCUCAUUUGUCUUCGUUUUUACUGUAAGACACCCUAAAGGUAUAUAUUAAGCAUCAAAUUUACCAGUA